CCAACUUUUAAUUCGUAUCCACCAAAUUACACCAACACAGAACGGGAAUAGUCAGUCAGACGUCAACGAAGCCGUUCCCGCAGCGUCUCAACCCUUGCCCAAUUCAGGGGACUUGCUGCAGCCCGCGGGAGACGAUCAGCGACCUGAGAAAAUGGCUCAUUAAUCCGAUCGGGUCAUCACUGUCACCCAUAGCACGUGGCAGGCGUUUUGGAACAUCAUACGGUCCCGCAACCGCCAAUCACAGGGGAGAAGGAGGAAGUCCAGAACAAAAAAGCGUCGAGGCUGAGUUGGCGCAGGGAUGCAUGACGACGCGUCUUUUUAUUUACCGGCCAUUGCCCACUUCAAUGAAUUUAAAUUAAAAUCCUAUAUAAGGUGCGAGGGCUGGAAGGUGAAGGAGUUUUAGUGUUUUUGCACCAAACUUUGCUCAAAAGUCACACGACAUAUAAAUACCGGAGAAGGACCAGAUUUUAACCCUCGUGGAGUCUUUCGCUUGGAAUGUUUUCAGCUCGGGACAAUGGCACUCCAGAAUAUCAUUCAACACUUGCGCGCGCGCUUUGGGAAAUAUGAACGACUGUACGACGAGGAGCACUUUGAGUCGGAAUCACCAUCUUAUAAAAGAUGCGUUCACAAACGAUUUGGAUUUCCGAGAUUCAGGAAGCUCACAGUAUAUCUAAUCCUGAUCAACCUGAUUAUUCUCGGACUGUUGAUUCAUUCUAUUCGCCCUCUCAUCACCCUGCUCGUACGGAAUGACGAACUAUUCGCAAUCAACUUCUCCGUCGACCAUGCAGCACAUCCAGAAGCAUUUCAAAGGCCAGAUGGGAGGAAGAUACCGCGGAUUUUACAUCAGACAGCUCCCAACAGCUCAAUUCCAGAAAUUUGGGCAACCUCACAGCAAAGUUGCAAAGAAGCAUAUUCUGACUUUGAAUAUAAGCUCUGGACUGAUGACGGGGCUCGCGAAUUUCUUAAGGAGGAAUUCCCCUGGUAUCUCGACACUUGGGAUAACUAUCCUUUUCCAAUCCAGCGCGCAGACGCCAUCCGCUAUUUUGUUCUGUAUCAUUUUGGCGGAAUUUACAUGGACAUGGAUACAUAUUGCAACUCGUCCUUCCCUAUAGAUCAGAUUGAAUCACUACCAGGAAACGACCAUGCCUUAUUCAAAUCGACAUUACCGACUGGUAUCACGAAUGACUUUUUGAUCUCAACCGCAAGGCACCCAGCUUUCGCAUCAGCAGUGUCGAGGCUGGCCAGCUUUCACCAGACAACACGGCUCUGGGCUCGUCUUCAACCCUAUGCAGCUAUUAUGCUGUCUACAGGGCCUCUCUUCUUGACCUUGGCAGUGCAACAAUAUCUGCUUGGCCAGCCAAUUUUACCAUCACCAACCAUACACAUCAUGGACCCUGUGAUGCUACUGCCAUAUAUGACAGACUUUGAAACUGCGACCUGGCAUCAGAGUGACGCUCAGGUGCUCAAAUGGCUUGGAGACAGGCCAUGGACAUGGUUCAGUUUGGGAUUCAUUGGGGUUAUCGCUGGCGUAUACACCUUCAAUUGCGUGCUAUCACGAACUUUUACGACUCUUUAUCGUAAGCUAUUAUAAUAUCCUAUAGAUUCAGCGACUGCUUCUCAAGAAAUAAAAAUUUCCCCAGCUAAAAUGGGCACGUAAUUUCACAUCCCCUGUCACUCUGUUUAUUGCUCGGAUAACCGGCACAAUUACGUGGUCAGAGCUCGCUCCUG